AUGGCAUCUUCCGACCCUGUGGUUAUCCCCGGCGAGGUUCGGUUGAUCCUUGCAGAAGCCUCAACCGACGCGUCAACUUUCGUGCUCCAGCCAACACCUUCCUCAGAUCCCAAUGAGCCGCUGAACUGGUCAUCUUGGCGCAAAUGUCUCAAUUUCGGCUUCACCAUCGCCGUUACGGUGGCUGCCUUCACCAAUAUCUCCAUCCAGACUGUGUUCUGGCAGCAGAUGACUGUUGAUAUGGGCGUUACCAUAACGCAGCUCACUUAUUCUUCCUCGGCACAGCUAGCGGGCUUAGCACUCGGCUGUUUGUUCUUUAUUCCCUUUACUAUCAAGUAUGGACGACGACCAACUUAUGUCGUGUCUUGUAUGGUUCUUGCGGGUGUCACUUGGUGGAGUGCCAGGAUGGAGAGCUACGCGGAGUUGAUCAUUACACAAAUCAUCACUGGUCUUGCUGGAGCUAUUAAUGAGACUGCUGUACAGAUGACGAUCGCUGAUCUCUUCUUUGUCCAUCGCCGAGGUUCUGCAAACGCACUCUACUUCACCGCCGUCAUGGUAGGCGCUUUCCUUUGCCCUAUGGCAGCAGGUACUCAAGCUGUCCAUCAAGGCUGGCGAUGGUCCUACUACAGUCUGGCUAUCUGCCUGAGCAUCCUCUCUGUCAUGUUCCUCGUUGGCUUUGAAGAGACAAAGUACAUCCCUAUUACUCUGGGCGAGGCUGAUGUCAUCGACGAUGCAUCUACCGAACGUCCCGAAUCCAAGGAUACCAUCGAUGAAAAGACCAAGAUGGAAAGGGUCAUCAGUGUCGCUACACAGAUUGACAGCAGUAUUCCUAUGAACACAUGGCGUCAACGUCUUCGUUUUCUCACUACGACAUCAGAGUCUCUUCCCAAGUUGUUUAUGAUGCCUCUUCAUGUUAUUACCCUGCCCCACGUUAUGUUUACAGCUCUGCAGUUUGCCUCUGGAGUUUGCUGGCUGGUUGUGUUCAUGCAAGUCACAUCCAUCGUAUUCUCUGCUCCUCCUUAUUCGUUCACCACUGCUGGUGUUGGAUACAUGGCUCUUGGUCCGUUUGUGGGCAAUGUCUUUGGAAGUAUCUACGGUGGACCGUUUGCCGACUGGGCCAUUGUUCGGCUAGCGCGAAGAAACGGAGGUCUCUUUGAACCCGAGAUGAGACUUUAUCCUCUUGCGGUUACCACGGUUUUCAUGGCUGGUGGCAUCAUCAUGUUUGGUGUGACUGCCGACCGAGGCAUGCACUGGAUUUAUCCCUCUAUCGGCGGAGCCUUCUUCGCUUUCGGGCUCGGUGCAAAUGGCGACAUCACCUUUACUCUCGUCAUCGACACCUACCGCGAACUCACAGCCGAAGCCUUCAUCGGAAUCGCCUUUAUGCGCAACGCUGUCUCAGUCGCUAUCCCCUUCGCCAUUGUUCCCUGGAUGAAGACGAUGGGCCUGUCCAACAUGUACAUCCUAUCUGGCAUGAUUGCCUUUGCUGUUGGAUGUCUUUUCAUUCCCAUGAUUAUCUGGGGCAAGAAGAUCCGUACAUCUUUGGCACCGAGAUACUGGAAAUUGGUCGCCAAGAGGUCCGAAAUUUGA